AGUUAGAGUUAGAGAUAACAAAUGUAUGUGUAUAGUUUUGUGGUAGAAUAAAAAAAUCAGAAUCAUUUCAGAGUACAGUUAGUUUAAAAAGUGAACUAUAGUUUUUUUUUAAAGUAAACAUUUCAUAAUUGUAGUAUUUCAACAAUUUAAUAAAGAGUAAUUAAAAACCAAAACCAUUAAUUUAGAAUGAUUAAAUUCUAUUUAUAAGCAGUUUAGAAAAAUUAUACUGAUAGUUGAAUACUUCAAGGAUGUUAUUUAAAUAAAUCUCGCACGCGUUAUUGAGCUGUUAAAUUUACACAACUGGUUUGGAACUAAUUUUGUUGGGAUUUAUUAAGUGUAUGAUUAUAUUAUCUUUCGAGUAUCUUAUGUUGUAGAUAAUUAUUAUUUUAAGUUACAUUCAAAAUUUUUCCGUGCCAACAAAGUAAAGAUGCAGAAUAUAGAAAAAAGCAUCGAAAUUUUGAAAGAAUGGAUAAUGAAACAACCACAUUUAACGUGUAAUAUAUCUGAUUUGUUGCUAAGAAAAUUUUUAAUAGCUUCGAAUUAUAGCAUAGAAGUGGCUAAGGAACUCAUCGACAUAUUUUAUACGCUACGUUUAAGAACCCCAGAACUUUUUGCAAAUAGAAAUUUUUAUGAUGCAGAAAUUCAGGAUAGCAUCGAAAUAGUAGAUAUUUUAAAGCUGCCGAAAUUGUUAGGGACCAGUCAGAUUCUAGUAGCAAGAUUAAAUUCCACCGAUAUUGAUAAAUAUCAUUUUCAAGCGGCUCUAAGAAUGUUUACUAUCUUUGAUGAUGUGCAAUUAACUACCGACGAAACGUUUAAUGACCACGAUAUUGUUUUGAUAGAUCUAUGCGGUUUCACAAUGAAACAUUUAUCGAAACUGUCUCUCACAUUAACUAAGAAAGUUUUGGAUUAUAUACAGGAAGCUCGUCCUGCUAAUUUGAAAGCGGUCCAUUUUAUAAACGUACCUAAUUUUAUGGAUAAAAUUUUUGGUAUGGUUAAACCAUUUGUUAGAAACAAUGUAAUGAACAUGAUCCAUUUCCAUUUACCGAAUUCGACAGCAUUGUACGACCACAUUCCUAAAGAAUUACUUCCAGAAGAAUACGGCGGUACUUGUGGUACUAUUGCGGAAUAUAAACAAGAAUGGUUGCAGAUCGUAACUGAAAAUCAAAGUAUGGUAACAGCAGAAUCUUAUUGGAAAAUAGAUGAAAGUAAACGUAUAAAUAAGAGUAAUUAUGAAGAAAAAUUUAGUACACCAGGUUCUUUUAAAAAAUUAGAUAUAGAUUGAAAUGUAAUGAAAAUUUAUAUAUUAAAUUUUUUAUUUUGUCGCA